GUGAGUCUCAGUUCAGGAGAACGAGGCACAGCCGGAGAACCAUGAGGUCAAUCAGAUGGUGGGUGGAGCCAAAUAUCAGCUUUACAAAUCUACCUGUGGCUCAGCAGCUCAGGAGCUGUACUGGGACCAGUUUGAAGACCAGAAACCAGACCAGACUGAAGUCCAGGAACCUGCAGACGUCCUCCAGCAGAAGCAGUCCUUCAAUGAGCCGUUUUCCUGGAGGUUUCCUGAUCCUCCACCUGAGGACGAGCCACAGUACCCCCCAGAGUUUGAGCUGAAGAUUCCCACCGCUGCCAACAGCGUCAGCGCCGUCUGUGGGGAGAGCUCUGUGCGCGUGGAGGCCAAAAAGGACCUGCUGGGGAUCGGGAAACCUGUCCAGGCUGCAGAGGUGACGCUGGGAGGAUGUCCGGCCACAGAGGAGGACACUGAAGCUCAGGUCCUGAUCUUUGAGGCGGAGCUGCACGGCUGUGGGAGCCAGCUGCAGAUGACCGAGGACUCGUUCGUCUACAUCUUCACACUACUCUACACCCCGACUCCACUGGGAGACUCUCAGAUCCUCCGAACCAGAGACGUCUCAGUCAGCAUCCAGUGUCACUACCAGAGGGAGCACAACGUGAGCAGCGAUGUGUUGAAGCCAACCUGGACUCCAUUCAGCAUCAAGAAAGCUGCAGAGGAAAACCUCUACUUCUCCUUCAGACUCAUGACUGAUGACUGGCAGUUCCCUCGUCCAUCCACUCAGUUUUUUCUUGGAGACAUGAUGAGGUUUGAAGUUUCAGUCAAGCAGUUCCACCACGCUCCUCUCAGAGUGAUGGUGGACAGCUGCGUGGCCACUGUCGCCCCAAGCAUCGACACCGUCCCUCGAUACGCCUUCUUGGGAAAUAGCGGGUGCCUGUUUGACAGCCAGCUAACAGGCUCCCACUCUCGGUUCCUCCCUCGCUCUCAGGACGACAGACUGCAGUUUGAGUUGGAGGCGUUCAGGUUCCAGCAGGACGACAGCGGCGUGAUCUACAUCACCUGCAGUCUGAGAGCCACAGCAGCGUCUGCAGCUGCUCGUGCCACGAACAAAGCCUGUUCUUUCUCCAACGGGUGGAGGGAGGCCGGUGGCAGACAUGACGUCUGUGCGUGCUGCGAUUCAGACUGUGGAACAGGAAGUCAGAGUCACUUCACAGGAACAGGAGCUCAGUGGGAACAGGAAACAGCUGUUGGUCCGAUCAAAGUGGAGGAGAGGCCUCUACAGUGAAAAAACGCUACAUUAUUUUCUUUUUUCUUUUUUUGGUGAAAUUAAAGCCCUCAUACCUACAUGA